AUGGAUCCUCCAGCCCCGCAACAAGAGGAGGACCGUGUCGCGACAGCUCUAUAUGACUGGGCAAAGCGGCAAAAGACUUUUCAUAGCGACAGUCUCGCCAGGGAGCGCAGUAUCUACACCAUCUCCUGGAUAUGUGCAUUGCCGAUCGAGAUGGCUGCGGCACGGGCAGUCCUAGAUGAGAUCCACGAGUCGCUACCCACACAAACAGAUGACCACAACACGUAUUUACUGGGAAGUAUCAAGGCGCACAAUGUCGUCAUUGCAUGCCUACCAACAGACCAAUAUGGUAUUGUCAACGCAGCCAGCGUCAUGACCAAUUUGAGGAGAACUUUCACCGCCAUCCGAGUAGGUUUGAUGGUUGGUAUUGGCGGGGGCGUACCAAGCAAGAUUGAUAUAAGAUUGGGGGAUAUAGUGGUUGGAACCAGGGUGAUGCAAAGUGACCUGGGGAAAGUUGUUGGAGAUGGAGAGUUAGAGCGAACAGCGAUUCCAAAAACGCCACAUCAUUUGCUGGGGACAGCCGUGUCUGCGCUCCGUGCAAAGCAUGAGCUCGAAGGGAGUAAAGUUCCAUCCAUUCUUCAGCAAAGGCUUGAACGAUAUGAAUAUGGUCGGCCAAGCAUGCCGGACCGACUUUUCCAAGCGACAUAUCAUCAUGAAGAUCCAUUAGCCAACUGUGACUAUUGCGACCCAAAGAAACUAGUCAUGCGAAGUACACGAACGUCCAAAGAUCCAUCGAUUUACUACGGCGGAAUUGCCUCUGGAAGCCAGGUGGUCAAAUCAAGCAUUUCCAGGGAUAAAAUCGCCCGAAAUCUGAAUGUCAUUUGCUUUGAAAUGGAAGCUGCCGGCCUAAUGGACAUUCUCCCUUGCCUUUCAAUCCGUGGUAUCUGUGACUAUGCUGACUCCCAUAAGAGUAAAGAAUGGCAGAAGUACGCUGCAGCUACCGCAGCCGCAUACGCAAGAGAGCUUCUUGAAGAAUUGCAUGUGACUGAAAAUCAUGCUAAAGAGGCAUUUGUACCUACUCCUGAUGAAUCCAAAUCGCAGGAGCGCCGACACUGUCUUCUUGACUCCCUGAAGUUUGAGCAAAUUGAUUCCCGUAAAACAAACAUCAAAGCAGCGCACGCCAAAACAUGCCAAUGGGUGUUGAGUCAUCCUGACUACAAAGCAUGGCUGGACCCCAAAAUGCUUGACCAGCAUCACGGGUUUCUGUGGAUUAACGGUAAGCCAGGUGCUGGCAAGUCAACAAUCAUGAAAUUCGCCUACAUGAACACAAAAAAUCGAUCUCGCAAUGAACAAUCAAUCGCCUCAUUCUUUUUCAACGCUCGCGUGCUAGACGAUCCCGAGCUUCUUCCAUCCCAAAAUCAGAGUACCAUUCGUUCUUUGAAUGUUCUCAAAGAGAUUUUACGCAAAGCAGUUGCUCUCCUUGGCCGACGGUCUUUCACAUGCUUUAUUGAUGCGCUUGAUGAGUGCGAUGAGCAACAGGUGUUAGACAUGAUUCAGUUCUUUGAAGAACUGACAGAAUGGUCUACAGCUCAAAAGGUACUUCUACGAAUUUGCUUUUCUAGUCGACAUUACCCCUAUAUUAUCGUUCGAUGGGGAGCCCGACUUACACUCGAGCAUCAGCCAGGCCAUGAAAUGGACCUAGAGACUUAUAUCAAGGGCCAGCUACGGGCGAAAGACUCAGAAAUUGUCCAAAGAAUCCUCUAUAAAGCAUCAGGUGUCUUCAUAUGGGUCGUCCUGGUUGUCGAAAUUCUUAAUAGAGAAUACGCACGUGGUGCGAUGUUUCUCAAUAAGAGGCUUGAAGAGAUACCAAGUGGAUUAAGUGACUUAUUUAGAGAUAUUCUACAGCGAGAUAAGGAGAAUAUGGGAGAACUCUUACUGUGUUUCCUCUGGAUUUUUUGCGCAGAACAUCCAUUACGACCGGAGGAGUUCUACCAUGCGCUCUGGUCCGGCCUAUUUUCGCAAGGUCUGGUCGAUGGCCCAAUGCCAGAUGCCUCAGUUUACGAUACUAGUGACGGUCUCUCUAGAUCUCAUAUUUAUGUUAUCAGUUGUUCCAAAGGCCUCGCUGAAGUCACAAAAUCGGGUAAUCCUACAGUGCAGUUCAUUCACGAGUCUGUUCGGGAUUUCCUUGUUAAAGACGGAGGCCUGUAUGAGCUGUGGCCUGAACUUGGACUUGACUGGCAGAGCCCUUCCCAUAAUAGGCUUAAAAACUAUUGUCAUGCCUAUAUUGGUCUUACGAAAUUCGGGGGAUCUGGUAGUAUGCUACAAGGCUCUUCCAAGUCAGAGUACAAAGCAGAAACUUUGGCGAAGUAUCCUUUGCUAGAGUAUGUUGGCCAGAAUAUUCUCUUCCAUGCCAAUUUCGCGGCACGGGCUAUUCCUCAAGAUGAUUUCCUUGCCUCUUUUGAUGUCACCAGUUGGAUCAGCAUCAGCAAUUUGUUUGAGAAGUUUGGGGUUCGCCAAUAUACUCGUGAUGCAAGUCUUCUAUACAUUCUAGCUGACAAGGGUUAUCCCGAGCUUAUUCGAACAAAAUUAAAGCGUGAUCCUGAGAUCAAUAUCUUCGGCGAACGAGAUAAGUUCCCCAUCUUUGCGGCUUUAGCGCGCGGCGAUAAAGAUAGCACUGCCGCUCUUUUGGGCUUAUCUUCUAUCGUCGUUGACGGGAUCGACAUUGCAGAAGGACUGAACUCCAGAAAGGAUCUCGGAGAGUAUAAAGGAAGAACACCUCUUUCUUGGGCUAUCCUGAAUCAGAGAACAGAAAUCUUCAAAGCUCUUCUACGGAGUGGAAUGGACGUAAACAAAAGAGUCGAUCGAGACGGAAAUACACUGCUUUUCCUAGCUGUGGCUCAUGGCAACCGGGAAAUAUCCGAGCUCCUUAUCCAAAAAGGAGCCGUGGUUCAUGCUACAAAUAAGAAGAAGCAGAAUUUACUUUGUCUCGCUGCACAGGAAGGCCAUCGAGAUAUCACCGCCCUUCUUCUCGAUCAAGGAUUAGAUGUCAAUUCAAGGCUUCAGAAAAAGCGGACAGCGCUUGUGCUGGCCAUACAGAAUGGACAUCAAGCCACCGCUGAGCUUCUUAUUGACCGGGGGGCCGACCUCAGCAUUCUAGAUGGUAGUAGACGGACUCUACUUCAUUGGGCCGCAGAAAAGGGGCUAGAGGCUGUAGCAAAGACUCUCAUUGAGCGAGGUUUGAGUAUUGAUAAACAUGAUAAUAGCAAGAACGCGGCAAUUCAUUUGGCUUCAGAGCAGGGCUUCGAGGUCAUAGUGAAAAUGCUCAUCGCUGCAGGUGCAGAUAUCAACAGCACUGACACCAGCGGGAGGGCGCCAAUUCACUUGGCCUCGCUGCGCGGUCUCGCAGGCGUGGUGGAAGCCCUUAUUAGAAAUAGGGCAGACUACAACCGUGCUGAUAGUGAUGGAAAGACGCCAAUUCAUUUGGCUUCGGCGGCAGGCUUCGAGGCCAUAGGGCGGACAUUCACAAAAUGGACAGAAAUAAGAGUUGAAGGGCAUGCAAAAGUGAUGGAAGUCCUCAUCGCCGCAGGCGCAGAUAUCAACAGCGCUGACAUCAGCGGGAGGGCGCCAAUUCACUUGGCCUCGCUGCGCGGUCUCGCAGGCGUGGUGGAAGCCCUUAUUAGAAAUAGGGCAGACUACGACCGUGCUGAUAGUGAUGGAAAGACGCCAAUUCAUUUGGCUUCGGCGGCAGGCUUCGAGGCCAUAGUGAGAAUUCUCAUCAAGACAGGGGCGGACAUUCACAAAAUGGACAGAAAUAAGAGGGCACCAAUCCACCUGGCUUCAGUUGAAGGGCAUGCAAACGUGGAGGAAAUCCUCAUCGCCGCAGGAGCAGAUAUCAACAGCGCUGACAUCAGCGGGAGGGCACCAAUUCACCUGGCUUCAGAGCACGGCUUCGAGGCGGUGGUGAAACUUCUGACCGCUUAUAAUUGA